UGGGACCACCCAUGUUAUAGUUGUUUGUAAAUUUUCCUGGAAGUACAUGGGAAUGACCCAAUUACAUAUUUCCCCUGCUCACAGACAUUUGCAUUGCACCCAGCAAACACCAGUUUUUUUGUUUGAACAUCGAUCCACUUCAAUGGCUCUUGUGAGAACAUCUCCAGGAAGCUCCUCUAAUUCCAACACCUUUCGGCGUUAUCGCUACGACGUGUUCUUGAGCUUCAGAGGCGAAGAAACUCGCAAGACUUUUACGGACCACCUCUACACAACCUUGAACAACGCAGGAUUUCUCACGUUCCGAGACGACGAUGAACUCGAGAGAGGAGAAGAUAUAAAGCCAGGACUGCAGAAAGCGAUCCAGCUGUCACAAACUUCUGUUGUUGUGUUUUCGAAAGAUUACGCGUCAUCCAGGUGGUGUCUUGAUGAACUUUUGUUGAUCCUUGAACGCAAGAAGACCACCUCGGACUACGUAGUUUUACCAGUGUUCUACGAUGUCGAUCCGUCCCACGUGAGCAAGCAAACAGGAAGUAUUGGAAAAGCAUUUGCUAGAAGCCAGAAAAAUCAAUCACCGGAAAAGGUGGAAGGAUGGAGGAAAGCACUUGCAGAGAUUGCAGACCUAGCAGGCAUAGUCUUACAAAAUCAAGCUGACGGGUACGAGUCAAAGUUUAUCAAAGAUAUUGUUAGAGUGAUUAGUGAUAAGCUACGUCGCUCACACUUGAGCGUUGAAUCAAAACUGAUUGGCAUCCAUUCUCGAGUCGAACCCAUCAAUUUAUGGUUACAAGAUCCAUCGCAUGAUGUUGGUAUACUUCUUGUUUAUGGGCUGCCUGGAAUAGGGAAGACAACCAUUGCAAAAUGUGUUUACAAUUCAAACUUUGUAAGUUUUGAAGGAAGCAGCUACGUUGAAAGUAUCAGAGAAAUUGCAAGUCAUCCCAACGGCUUAGUUCAAAUACAAAAGCAAAUUCUUUAUGAUAUUUUAAAUGGGAAAAAGGAGAAAAUACACAAUGUUAGUGAGGGAAUAAUUAAGAUUGGAAGAGCCAUAAGCUUUAGAAGAGUUCUUCUUGUUCUUGAUGAUGUGGACCAUAUGGACCAAUUAGAUGCAGUACUGAGGAUGAAAGAUCAGUUUUAUCCUGGAAGUAAAAUAAUCAUAACAACUAGGCGUGAAAGGUUGAUAAAGGCACAUGAAGGUAUUACGGUGCAUGAAGUUGGACCCUUGGGUUCCGAUGAAUCAUUGGAGCUCUUAAGUUGGCAUGCUUUUGGCCAGGAUCAUCCCCUUGAAGGUUAUGAGAAAUAUUCUGAAGAAGUCGCACAACACAGCGGAAGACUUCCAUUAGCUCUCAAAGUUUUGGGUUCUUCUCUUUUCGGGGAACCUAAGCGUGUUUGGAAAAGUACAUUGGAGAAGCUAGAAGUUAUUCCAAAUGGUGAAAUCAUGAAUAAAUUAAGAAUAAGCUACGACUCUUUACAAGAUGACCAUGACCAGAAAUUAUUCCUCCAUAUUGCUUGUUUCUUUAUUGGAAAGGAUGAAGAUUACAUUGUCAGAAUACUAGAUGGAUGUGAUUUCAAGACAAUCUGUGGCAUUCAAAAUCUCAGAGAUAGGUGUUUGGUGACAAUUGUUAUGGACAAGUUGUAUAUGCAUGAUGUUAUUCGUGACAUGGGACGAGAAAUUGUUCGCCGAGAAUCAUAUGAACCUGGGAAUCGUAGUAGAUUGUGGCACUCUAAGGAUUCUUUCGAAGUAUUGAGAGAAAAGAAUGGUACGCAAGCAAUUGAAGGUCUUAUGCUAGACAUACGUGAACUGCUUACAAACAGUCCCAUGAAAUCAAACGAGAAUGUCUUGGAAACCAAUUCAUUUGCAAGGAUGCACAAACUGAAAUUGCUCUGUCUUAGACAUGUACAACUGGACGGAUGCUAUGCAGAACUUCCGACAAGGUUAAGAUGGCUGUGCUGGCUUGAAUUUCCUUUGGAUUCAAUUCCUGUUGAUUUUUCUUUGGAGAAAUUGGUAGUUCUUGAAAUGCAAUAUAGCAACUUGAGACAACUCUGCAAAAGAGCAAACUUUCUUCCAUCGUUGAAGACCCUUGAUGUCAGCCAUUCUCAUGGCCUUAGUGAAACCAUGGACUUCUCACCUUGCCCCAAUCUAGAGGAAUUGAUUCUUGUGGAUUGCACCAGCCUGAUUGAUGUUCAUGAAUCCAUUGGAAACCUAGAGAGACUCGUGUACUUGAAUAUGAAGGAUUGCAAGAAUCUUAGGAUGCUUCCGAAGAACAUGUGUUUUCUUAAAUCACUUGAAACACUCAUUUUAUCUGGCUGCUCAAAUCUUGAUGAGUUUCCAGUGGAGAUGAAGAAGAAGAUGGAGUCUCUGAAAGUUCUUAAAAUGGAUGGAAUUCCAAUAAGAGAAUUAUGGCCAGAAAGAAGUUCAAGUAUCUUGAGUUCUUUUCCAUGCUCCUUAGUAAAGUUAUGUAUGGUGGGGUGCAAUCUUUCUGAUGAUGCCUUUUGUAGGGAUUUAAGUAGUCUAUCCUCGUUGCGAACACUAAAGUUAGGUGAGAAUCCAAUUUGCAGUUUGCCAGGUUUCGUCAAAGGUUUGAGAAGGCUCGAUCAUCUAUCUUUCCGGGAUUGUAAGAGGCUCAAAUCGCUUGUGGGGUUGCCGAAAGUACACCAAAGGAUAAGUAUAGCCGGAUGCGUAUCAUUAAAAAAAAUGACUUUUCAUUCCCCUGAGCAACAGUCUACAAUGUUCAGCGUGGGUGACAAUUGGAAUCUAGUUGAGUGGCAGUACGAUUACAAGUUAUAUGUGGAAAUGAUCGAACUUUUGGGCGUGUGCAACUUGGGAUCCUUGCCAGCCAUUAGAAUGAACGCACUGUUCGGAUGCGGUGGUUCAAAAGAGGGUAAAUGGAGUCCCGUCCAGGGACUGUAUGAAAAUGGUAUAUUCAGCACGUUUUUUGUUGGGAAUGAGGUUCCAGGCCAGUUUAGCUAUAAAAGUACCAAGUCUUCGAUAUCUUUUAUUGUCCCUUUACUACUUGCUAAUCACAGAAUUCGAGGCUUGAACAUCUUUGCUACCUAUGCAAAGGAGCAGAAUUAUAAUAAUUCUUUUAAUCCAAUAAUGACUAAAGUGAGUAACAAGAGUAAGGGUCUGAAGUGGAUCUAUGGCCCAGAGUUCUAUGGAAUUCCAGGAGAGGGAGAACAUAUGAUAUGGUUGAGCCAUUGGAAGAUGGAUAAUGAAACAAUAUUACAAUGUGGAGAUGAAGUGCUUGUUGCAGUACACAUGAGUCCUAGUCAGUUUCAGCUCAAGGAGUUUGGUGUCGAGCUUGUGCAAGAGCACCAAGACAAGAUGAGUACCCAACACAACACCAAAUCAGAUCCCAAUUAUCCACUUGUUAUCGGUGGAAAUUUGGAUACGUGGAAGAGCAGACCGGGAAUAUACUUCCUUGGCAAUAGGACAAGGGAAGAUACUGACGCCAUUGCUAUCCUCGCCAUGGACUCUGAUGAAGAAGAUACAAACAAAGAAGGGCAAGAGGAUGAACCUGAUUACACAAAUGCAAAGACGAGGGCUGCUAGCAAAAACUGCAGUCUCGGACGCUGGAAGGUGCUCCUCACAGCUGCUGGCUUCUUUUUCACGCUUGCUGUAGUGGUUCAGUCCUCCAUCUCCCAAAAACAGAAGCGUCGAUAGUCUACAAGCCCUCCAUGAGUUUAUAAUUUGACUUGAUAUAGAUAUAUCUUUGCAUUCCUUACUUUCAAGAUGUUUUCUACCUUCAAAACUUCAGGCUUAGAGCCAAGCACUCUUAACCGCUUGAGAUAUAAAAGCCCCUUGCAACUA